AUGGCCUUCCUUUGGCUUCUGUCCUGCUUUGUCCUUGUGGCGGCUGCCCAUGACUUUGGAGUCCCCGCCAUCCCUCCUGAGCUGGGUGGCCUGGCCAGGAUUGUCAAUGGUGAGGAUGCGGUCCCUGGCUCCUGGCCCUGGCAGGUGUCCCUGCAGUAUAAGGACGGCUUCCACUACUGCGGGGGCUCCCUCAUCAGCCAGGACUGGGUGGUCACCGCCGCCCACUGCGAGGUCGGGCUGAAUGACAAGGUGGUGGUAGGGGCAUACGACCUGAGCUCUCCUGAUGAGGUCUACAGACAGGUCCUGGACGUCCAACAGGUUUUCACGAACCCCUCCUUCAACGAUGAGACAAUAAGCUACGACAUCACCCUGGUAAAGCUGGCCACGCCUGCCCAGUUCAAUGAGAGGGUGUCGCCUGUGUUGCUGCCCAAUCCCUCUGCCGACUUCCAGCCUGGCACUGAGUGUGUCACCACUGGCUGGGGCAUGACGAGAAUCUUCCCUCCUAAGGACGCUACCAAGCUGCAGCAGGCAGUCCUGCCACUUUUGUCCACCGAGAAGUGUCAGAAAACUUGGGGCAACAUGAUCACUGACCAGAUGAUCUGCGCCGGGGCCAAUGGCGUCUCUUCCUGCAUGGGUGACUCUGGCGGCCCCCUCGUGUGCAAGAAGGAUGGAGCCUGGAACCUGGUAGGCAUCGUGUCCUGGGGCAACGCCUUCUGCUUCACCUCCUCUCCAGCCGUGUAUGCGCGCGUCACUGCACUCAUGCCCUGGGUUCAUGAGACCCUGGCAGCCAACUGA